AUGGACUGGUUACCUGUUGGUAAGAUGUUGGUGGUUUCGAGCUCGGUGGUAAGGUUCCACUUUGAGAGUUACCAGCAACUCCAAACCCUGCGAUUUGCUCUGGAUGACAUUAAUUCAAAUCCACAUAUCCUCUCGAACAUCACUCUUGGUUUUCAAGCAUAUGAUUCAUGUGCAGUUCUUCAGUAUGACCUACAAGGUGCUUUGCAAGUGUUGACAGGACAGGAAAGCGUCAUCCCAAAUUACCGAUGUCUUAAUGAUGUUCCUCUCUCUUCCAUAAUUGGACCUGCUAUCUCCACACACUCAAUUCUUGUGGCUCAUGUUCUAGGAAUCUACAAUUACCCACAGAUCAGCUAUUUUUCAACCAGUGCCCUCCUCAGUGAAAAAAGAGAGAAAUCCUCUUUCUUUAGGACUGUUCCCAGUGAUGCCUUCCAGUCUAAAGGACUUGCACAUCUAGUGUUGCAUUUAGGUUGGACUUGGGUUGGAUUAGUAGCUACAGACAAUGACUAUGGACAACUGGGAAUUCAGCUUCUCCGACAAGAGAUAGUCAAAGCAGGAGCAUGUGUAGCUUUUACUGAAAACAUUCUAACAAGUUAUCCAAACCGCAAUGCUCCACACAUAGUCAAAGUAAUGAAACUAUCAACAGCCAAGGUUGUGGUUAUUUAUUCCACCGACUUUGAUAUUGUUCCUCUUCUAGAUGAGAUGGUAAAGCAGAACAUCACACAAAACAUACUUGUUGCAAGUGAAGGUUGGUCAACAUCUACUGUAGCUUCUUUGGGUAUUUUUUCAACACUUCUUUCUGGUACAAUCGGUUUAGCCCUCCAUAGUGGAACAAUACCUGGACUUAAGGAGUUUCUCAAUAUGAUCCAUCCCUUCAUGUCUUUGGGAAGAGACUGGGUAAAGAUAUUUUGGGAGAAAGCAUUCAAUUGCAGGUUUGUGACUGAUAAAAAUGAAACAGUAUAUCUAAACACAUCCAUGAAAGAGUGCACAGGAGCAGAAAAUCUAGGACAUUUGCAAAAUGCAUACAAUGAUGUAUCCAGUUUAAGAGCUACUUAUAGCUUCUACAAUGCAAUCCAAGUUGUGGUCAAAGCUUUGGAAGAUAUGAAAAACUGCAAAAAAGGAGAAGGACCAUUUUCUCAUGGGCUGUGUGCUGACAUUUGGAAUUUCAGGCCAUGGCAGUUCCUUCACUAUGUGAAAAAGGUGAGGUUCAAACUGAACAGUGGAAGAACAAUCUACUUUGAUGAAAAUGGAGACCCACCUGCUGUCUAUGACAUUAUAAAUUGGCAGCUAAGUCCUAGUGGUGCCAUGAGAUAUGUCAAAGUGGGCAGCUAUGACACUGCAGCUCCCCAGGGUAACAUCUUCACCAUCAACACAAGUGCCAUCAUGUGGUCCUCUGGAGACAAUAAGCCCCAGGUCCCAGUCUCAGUCUGCAGUCUCAGCUGUCCUCCUGGCUUUUGGAAGGCAUCUAGAAAAGGAGAACCUGUCUGCUGCUUCCAGUGUGUCCCUUGUCCACAAGGAGAGAUCUCAAAUCAAACAGACUCUUUCACCUGCGUUCAGUGUCCAUGGGACAUGUGGCCAAAUCCAGAGAAAUCCAAAUGCCUUCCAAAGACUAUAGAUUAUCUCUCCUAUGAAGAUACAUUGGGCACUACGCUGGCUACUGCAAGCGCCAUCUCCUCUUUGGUUCCAGUUGGAGUUCUGAAGCUUUUCAUACAGUUUAAAUCAACCCCUAUAGUGAAAGCUAACAACUAUUCUCUCAGUUGUCUCCUUCUGGUGUCUUUGUCAUUCUGCUUCCUCAGCUCCUUGGCUUUUAUCGGCUACCCUCAACCAAAGAACUGUCUUCUGCGUCAAGUUGCAUUUGGGAUGGUUUUUACUCUCUGCAUCUCUUGCAUCUUGGCCAAAACGAUCAUGGUGGUUUUUGCCUUCAUAGCUACUAAGCCAGGCAGUAACCUAAGGAAGUUCUCAAACCAUUGGGUAUCCUAUAUGAUUAUUAUGAUAUGUUUACUGGUACAGUUUAUUUUGUGCAUUACUUGGUUGUCAGUCUCUCCUCCUUUUCCAGAACAGAACACAGGGACCCAAAACAAACUUAUCAUUCUUCAGUGUAAUGAAGGCUCAGCCACUGCCUUCUGGUGCAUGUUAGGAUACCUUGGUCUCCUGGCAACAGUCAGUUUCAUUGUUGCCUUCUUGGCCAGGAGACUUCCUGACAGAUUCAAUGAAGCCAAGUUUAUCACCUUUAGCAUGCUGGCCUUCCUCAGUGUCUGGGUUUCCUUUAUUCCAGCUUCACUCAGUGCUCAGAGCAAGUACACUGUGGCCAUGGAGAUAUUUGCAAUCCUGGGUUCCAGCUGGGCCUUGACAGUGUGCAUGUUUGUUCCAAAAUGUUUUAUUAUAAUGUUUAAACCCAAUUUGAACUCCAGAGAAAAUCUCAUGAAGCAAUUCAGCAGUCCAAUUGAUUAG